AUGGGGGACUAUCACUAUGUGUACAAGGACAUGGACGGAGCCUCCACCAAGUGGUAUGAUAUUCAGGCAAAGCUCGUUAAUCUACCACUGAAGAAGCCGGCUUUUAAGCCCCCGGCAUUCACUCUCGUUGACGAUGAAGCCUCCGCUCCUAAAGAUAAGUCUUAGAUCGAUGACAAGACUGAGCAGGACCUUGAAGAUCUCAAAGAUGUUCCUGAUCUUGACGGCGAUUGCUUCCUUGAGGAAUAUAGGAUGAAAAGGUUGUCUGAAUUGAGAGAAGCGACUAAGGUUGCAAGGUUUGGAUCAGUGGUUCCGAUUUUAGGAUCGGAUUUUGUGUGUGAGGUUUCUCAAGCUCCACCUGACAUUUUGGUGGUGGUGAUUCUCUACAAAGAAGGAAUUCCAAAAUGUGGAUUGUUGAUGCAAUGUUUGGAAGAUUUGGCGACUAAGUACCCGACAACUAAAUUUGUGAAAAUAAUAUCCACACAUUGCAUUCCUAACUACCUAGAUUGUAAUCUUCCGACUCUUUUAGUGUACAAUAGUGGUGCUUAUCCUAUUCAUGUUGCCAAUCAAAGCAAUAACGCUUAG